CCGUCGGCUGAUGCGCGGACAUUACUGUAGCCAUAGUAUUAGAAUUAUAGUACUGUUGUACAUAACAACGUACUACGUUAGUUAUUUAUUUACUACACACACAUUCUUUAAGUUAUUACUUAAUUAUUAAUUGUUUAUUUUAUAAAAUUCCUUUUCGUAAGUACCAUAGGAAUUAGACGUUUUUCGAAAAUAUUAUUUUGUUUCCUCAAAUUUUGGAUCAGACACCGGUGACUGGGUGUGUAGUAUUAAAUAAUAAAUUAUAUUAUCAGUUGUCUGACCAUAGUCGAUAUUUUCUUUUUCGUACCAUUAGUUUCCUAUUUUUGAUCUAAUAGUGUUGCUGUAGUGUUUUUCAUCGAUUAUGUCAGAUACGAGUAACGUCAACCUCAACAGACUCGAAGAACUCGGCAAAAUGAAGGUCAACGAUUUGAAGAAAGAAUUGAAAGCAAGAGGCUUAAGUACAGUUGGAAAUAAACAAGAACUCAUUGAUCGCAUGGUUAAUCAUUCAGAAUCUUCAGUUUUAGAUAUCGAGGACACAGUGCUGGAUGAGCACGACAUUCUAGAUGAAGAUGACGCCUUAGAAGAUGAUUUGGGCUACUCCGAUAUUGAUGAAUCAAAAGUUCUAGGUGACAUUGCAGAGAAAGAAGAAAAUAGUGUGGGAAAUGGCAGUAUUCAUGAAGAAAAAGAGGUUAAGCAGGUAAUACAGCCUAAAAAGGUGACGUUAAAACGUACUUCUGUAACUGUAUUGAAUGGUGAUGGUAUUAAACCACAAGAAGAAGAGAAAAAAAUUGAAGACAAUGAAGAAUCAGAUAUUAAGGACCGUGUCAUAAAAUUAGAUGAAGUUGAAGCUAUGAGUCAAAUUGAGAGAAUACAAAUGAGAGCAAAGAAAUUUGGAGGUGAAGUGUCGGAAGAUAAAAAAUUAGCCCGACUUAUUAAAUUUGGUGCUGUAACUGAUCAAAAACCAGUAGCCAAUGCUGAUAAUGACAAAUUAAAAAUGAGAGCUGAGAGAUUUGGUGAAACUGUUUCAAAAACUUUACAUGAUAGCGAAAAAGAAGACAAACUUAAGGCACGUGAGCUUCGCUUUGGUUCAAUUGACAAAACUGUAUUAACAGCUAUUAAGAAACGUACUAAUGGUGAUGUUGGAAAACAAAAGAAUUUCCGAGGUGGUAAAAGAAGUUUUCCAUACAAAAAGCGGUAUUAAUAU